AUGACGCAGCCUUAUACCACCGAAAACCAAACGGAAUAUCCAGUUGUCGAACUUCUGAGCGAAUUUAACCGCAACCCGGAGGGCAAGCACUAUCUUCACUUACGCCAUGCGUAUCUGAUCAAUAACAGCAACACGGGCAUGACAACCUCUGUCGGGAUUGACUUACUUGAAGAAGAUUUCAAUAAUGAAACUUUAGGGUACGAGCACAAAACGUCCAACAUUAGCAGGAUUUGGAUUAACCCAGCGGUUACAAAAACAAUACAUUUCUUCAGGUUGUUGUCCUCUUGCAAAACACUCCGGGAGUUCCAAUACACUACUGGAGGCAGAGGAAUUUUCGACGAGGGGGACUUCAGCUUCAACCCGAAAGCGCUUAUGAAGCGGCUAUGCGAACACAGGGAAACACCUGAAAUUCUUGACAUCGAUAAUGACGCAUGUGUUCUAUUUCAAGGCCAACUACUAGGAGCUGAAAUCCGUAUCUACAAGACCCAGAGGACGAGGAAGACUAUGAACGUAAUUAACGUGAAUUCCUCAUCAGACUCUUUGAACAAAAAGGAGUGCUCAAAGACUUUGUAG